UAUUGAAGAGCUAAUCACAUCUAUUCUCUGUUGCACUCACUCAUCUAUUCUCUCUCUCUCUCUCUCACCCCUCUCUUCCAACUUGCAGCAGAAAUAAAAUGGCUGAAGCCUUGGUCUCAGCUUCCCUUCAAGUGCUAUUUGAUCGGAUCGCCUCUCGCGACUUCAUUAACUUGUUUUCAGGACGAAAAGAUGGUGAUAGACUCCUAAAGAAGCUGAAGGCAACCUUGGGAGCCCUUGGGGCAGUGGUGAAUGAUGCGGAGGACAAGCAGUUCAGUAGCCGAGCAGUUGAGGAUUGGCUUGAUGAGCUUAAAGAUGCAGUCUACCAUGCUGAUGACUUACUGGAUGAGAUCGCCACCAGAGCCUUGCAAAUCAAGCUGAAUUCCCAGGGCAGCAGAAAUCAGGUACGGGACAUCGUCUCCACUUUUACUUCUCCAUUUAAUGAAGGAAUAGAGUCCAGAAUAGAGGAGAUCCUCGAAACCUUGGAUUAUUUUGUCAAACAAAAGGAUAUCCUUGGUUUGAAAGGCGAUGUCGGUGGAAGGAAACAAUCACAAAGACAACAAACAACUUCUCUAGUAGAUGAAACUGGUGUGUACGGUAGGGAUGAUGACAAAGAGAAGAUAAUUAAUUUGUUGUUGUCUGAUGAUGCCACUAGCAAUCCUGAGAUGAUCCCUAUUGUGGGAAUGGGUGGGAUGGGGAAGACAACCCUUGCUCAACUUGUUUACAAUGAUGCUAGGGUGGAUAAGAAUUUUGAUUUGAAAGCAUGGGUUUGUGUUUCUGAUGAAUUUGAUGUUUCUGUUACAACAAAGAAAAUUGUUGAGGUUGUUACUGCAUCAAGCAAUGACACCAACAACCUAAAUUCACUUCAAAUCAAGUUGAAAGAUAGUUUAACCGGGAAGAAAUUUUUACUUGUUUUAGAUGAUGUUUGGAAUGAUAAUUACAAUGAUUGGGACCUCCUAAGAGGACCUUUUAGAUUUGGGGCACCCAAUAGUAGGGUAAUAGUAACGACACGCAACGAAAGUGUUGCAAGAAUCAUGGGCAGUGCUCCUAGUCGUCACUUGGAGCAAUUAUCUUUUGAGGAUAGUUGUUCAUUAUUCGCAAAGCAUGCAUUUCAAAAUGGGGAUUUUACUGCACAUCGAGAUUUGGAGAUGAUUGGUAAAGAAAUUGUGAACAAGUGUAAAGGCUUGCCUUUAGCAGUGAAAUCGCUCGGAGGUCUCUUGCGAUCUAAGCUGGAUAUUGAGGAAUGGAAAAAUAUAUUAGAAAGUGAGAUGUGGCAUUCUCAAAUUAACAUUCUUCCAGCUCUAAGAUUGAGUUACCACUAUCUCCCUUCACAUUUAAAGCGAUGCUUUGCAUAUUGUUCAUUAUUUCUUAAAGAUCACAAAUUUGAAAAGGAAAAGUUAGUUCAGUUAUGGAUAGCAGAAGGCUUUGUUCAGCUACAACCUAAAGGCAAUAAAUCAAUGGAAGAUGAAGGUAGCAACUACUUCUCUGAACUAUUAUCAAGGUCCUUUUUUCAGCGAUUGAAUGACACCCAUUCCUUCUUUGUAAUGCAUGACCUUGUCCAUGAUUUAGCUGAAUUCAUAUCUGGAGAGUUUUGUUUUAAGUUAGGAGAGGAUCUUGACAAGCCUGGUGGUCUUUCUGAAAAAGUCCGUCAUUGCUCAUAUGCUCAGGCCAGAUUUGAUGCAUUUGAGAAAUUAAAUGUUGUCACUAAGGCCAAGUAUUUACGGACUUUCAUAUCAUUUACGCAAAGGAAUGGUAAUUUCCUAAGCAAAAAGGUCUUACAUGAUAUCCUGCCAAACCUGAAAUGCUUAAGGGUGUUAUCUUUAUGUGGUUACGAGAUUUCUGAAUUGCCUCACACAAUUAAUAAGUUGAUACAUUUACGCCAUGUGGAUCUCUCCAACACAAGACUCAAACUGUUACCUGAUUCAAUUUCAACCUUGUGCAAUCUACAAACAUUGAAUUUGUCAGGUUGUGAAAAUCUUAUCAAGUUGCCUAUGGAUAUUGGGAUGCUAGUUAACUUGCGUAAUCUGGAAGUUUGUUAUACGAAGCUAACAGAAUUGCCUGUGGAUAUCGGGAAGCUAAUUAACUUGCGCCAUCUGGAAGUUUGUCAUACUAAGCUGACAGAAUUGCCUGUGGAUAUUGGGAAGCUAAUUAACUUGCGCCAUCUGAAUGUUGCUUUUACUAGCCUAACAAAGUUGCCUGUGGAUUUGGGUAAACUUAUUUACUUGCGUUAUCUUGAUAUUAAUGGAACUAAGUUAACAGAAAUGCCAAUGCAGAUCAGCAAGUUGGUAGGUCUCCAACACUUGACGCAUUUUGUAGUUGGCAAGGAGAGUGGGUCAAGGAUCAGUGAGUUGAGGUCGCUUUAUCAUCUUCAUGGGAAACUCUCCAUUUUAGAGCUGCAAAAUGUGAUCGAUUGUAAGGAUGCACUUGAGGCAAAUUUCAAGGAUAAGGAGCACCUCGAAGAGUUAGAAUUGGAAUGGAGUGGUGAUACACACGGUUCAAAAAAUGACAGCGAUGUACUUGACAAUCUAAAGCCUCAUACAAACUUGAAGAAUGUCACGAUCAAAGGCUAUGGAGGCAGAAGAUUUCCAGAUUGGUUAGGAGAUCUUUCAUUCUCUAAAAUAGUGGAUUUAUGUCUUUCUAAUUGUAUAUAUUGUGACUCCUUGCCAUCACUUGGGCAGCUGUCGCGUCUGAAACACCUUUCUAUUUGUGGGAUGAAAGAAGUAAGGAAGGUGGGUGUGGAGUUCUAUGGGGAUGCUUCUCUGAUCAAACCAUUUCAAUCUUUGGAGACUUUAAGGUUUGAGAAUAUGGCAGAGUGGGAGGAAUGGCAUGCAUUUGGGGCUGGAGAGUUUUCUCGCCUUCUAGAGCUUUCUCUAUUGUGUUGCCCCAAUCUAACCGGGGAAUUACCCAAUCACUUUCCAUGUUUAAGGACAUUCAGAAUUUCUGAAUGCCAAAGCCUGGAGUCUAAUCAAGUUGGGCUAUUGCUACAACAAAACAUGUGUUCUCUUCAAAAAUUGGAGAUUUCAGACACGUCAAACUUGAUGCAAUUGCCGUCAGAGUUGCAACAGCUGCAUUCUUUAAAGGAAUUGAUAAUUUCAAAGAUGCCAAACCUGAAGGAAUUGCCACCGGAUCUGUGGAGACUAAAAAAUCUAGAAAGGUUGCAGAUAGAAGGAUGCUCAAGCCUUGUGUCAUUUCCGGACUUUGCAUUGCUGCCGAAGCUCAAGACACUGGAGAUCAAAAAUUGUGACGCUGUACAGUCCCUACCAGAAGGAAAGAUGCGCUUCAACACUUGCCUUGAGGAUUUAUCCAUCUCUGAUUGUCCAUCUCUGGCGUCUUUCCCCAUUGGCAUUGUACCGGCCACAUUGAAAAAGCUUCACAUCUCUAAUUGCGAGAAAUUGGAGUUACCCGUAAUGUCUGACGAAAUGGAGCCCUGCUCCACCUCCAUUGAACAAGAGUAGUGAUUCUCUCAAAUCUCUGUCAUUGCAAAAUAUGACACAGAUUUUGAUCUACAACUGCCCCAGAUGAAUCCUCAGUCAUCAGGCCAAGCAGUAUCCAAUCAAUGUUGUCCACGGAACAAAGAAGAUGGAAUGGGAAGUGUUUUUGACAAAGAUCUGCACAGCGAGAGAGAAAUGGAGCUCGAAUUCAUAGCAUUUUUCAUCUUUUCCUUUUUGGUUCUGAAGUUCCAUUGGAUUCUCCAUAGAACUGCUAAACCUUCGACUUUGUUGAAGACGGUGGCAUGUACUAGUGUACAACAAAUGUUGUGGGCAGAACAGCAACAUUAAUCUCUGGGUACAUAUUAUGGAUGCAAGUGGAUACCGGAGCCUGGAGACUGAUGUCUGAUGCUGAAUCACAAAAUCAUGGAACCUAUCAAGAAUGUGAUUUGGUGUCCAACACUUUCUCAUUUGCUUAUUGUGAUAUGAUCAAGGUUGAUAGAUGUACUAUUGCCUAGUGAUGGUCACUCCUAUAAGCAACACUACUGGUUCGAGCUCACAAAUCACAUUGAUGUAGGUUAAUUAUGGGUUUCAAUUAUUUGUGCUUUGCAUUGUUCUUCAAAGUGUUCAUAUAUUUGUUGAUUCAGCCAAUAUAUGUUGCUUAGAGGCCCGUUGUUGAUUGUAUCCCCCCAGUAAAUGUUAAAUCAUUUCCUUUGUUUUCUUCAUA